GUCGAGGACUACACCUGGCGCAUCACGACGUUUUUCGAGUUCGUCCGCCUCCAGGGCUCGAGGGUGGACCGCCUGGACUCGCUGGUCCUGCAAAAGCACGACGGGCAGAAGCUGAAGGCCGCGGUGCUACACUUCUACCCCGCGCUCAAGAGGCCGAACAUCAAGCCGCUGGCGAGGUUCGAGAGGUCGCUCAAGGCCUGGGGGCGACGUCGGCCUGCUUUGGGCCGCCUCCCCCCGCCGUAUCCUGCAGUCUGCGGGGUGGCGGUGGCUCUCCACCUCCUCGGGCGCGCGGACACGGCGGUCGCCGCCCUGGUCGGGCUCAGCGCCUACUUGCGGCCGGGGGAGCUGCGCGAGCUCCGCGCGCGCGACGUCACCCCCCCUGGAGCUGGCUUCGGCCCAGAAUGCCAGAGGUGGUCGCUCAUCCUGGGGCCGUCCGACGAGGGGGGCGAUCCGACCAACACCAGCGUCUGCGACGACAACGUGACGCCCGGCCGCGACAGCCUGAAGUUCCCUGGCCACUUCCUAGAUCUGUUCCGCACGAGAAAGCAGCCCAAGGACCAGCUCUAG